AUGGCCUUUGCCGGCCAAACGCCCACGAUCGUCGUGUUGAAGGAAGGCACGGACACUUCUCAAGGAAAAGGACAGAUCAUCUCGAACAUCAACGCCUGUGUUGCGGUCCAGGCGACGAUCAAGAGCACUCUCGGUCCCUACGGUGGUGACCUACUGCUUGUGGACGGUAACGGCAAGCAGACCAUUACCAACGAUGGAGCGACGGUAAUGAAGUUGCUGGACAUUGUCCACCCUGCCGCCCGCAUCCUCACCGAUAUCGCACGGUCCCAAGACGCCGAAGUGGGUGACGGUACAACAUCCGUGGUGGUUCUGGCCGGGGAGAUUCUCAAGGAGGUCCGAGAUCUGGUCGAGCAAGGCGUGAGCUCACAGACGAUUGUCAAGGGUCUGCGGAGAGCCAGUGCGAUGGCUGUCAACAAGAUCAAGGAGAUUGCGGUCGACAUGAUCGAUUCUGCGGACAGCGAGGAGAAGAAGAUCGAGACCCUCCGGCGUCUUGCAGGGACGGCGAUGAACAGCAAGCUGAUCAAGCGGAAUGCAGACUUCUUCACAAAGAUGGUCGUGGAUGCCGUACUUUCGCUUGACCAGGACGACCUGAACGAGAAGUUGAUCGGGAUGAAGAAGGUGACUGGUGGUGCUCUUCAGGAUACGCUUUUCGUCAACGGUGUCGCCUUCAAGAAGACCUUUUCCUACGCCGGAUUCGAGCAGCAGCCCAAGUCCUUCAAGGACCCCAAGGUUGUCUGCUUGAACGUCGAGCUGGAACUGAAGAGCGAGAAGGACAAUGCCGAAGUCCGCGUCGAGCAGGUGUCCGAGUACCAGGCUAUCGUUGAUGCCGAGUGGCAGAUUAUCUACAACAAGCUGGAGGCUAUCUACAAGACUGGCGCCAAGGUUGUGUUGAGCAAGCUGCCCAUUGGAGAUCUGGCUACACAGUACUUCGCCGACCGCGACAUCUUCUGUGCCGGCCGUGUCUCUACGGAUGAUAUGGACCGCGUCUGCCAGGCCACCGGCGCCUCGACACAGUCUACUUGCAGCGACAUUCAGGAACGCCACCUGGGCACCUGCGGUUCUUUCGAGGAGCGCCAGAUUGGCGGUGAGCGGUUCAAUCUGUUCUCGGAGUGCCCCGAGGCCAAAACCUGCACGCUGGUGUUGCGUGGUGGCGCGGAGCAGUUCAUCGCCGAGGUGGAGCGCAGUCUGCACGACGCGAUCAUGAUCGUCAAGCGUGCCCUGCGCAACACGACCAUUGUCGCGGGCGGUGGUGCCACCGAGAUGGAGCUGUCCAGUUAUCUGCACAGCUUCGCGGACCGCAACGUCCCCCACAAGCAGCAGGCGGUGGUCAAGGCGUUUGCCAAGGCCCUCGAGGUGAUCCCCCGUCAGCUGUGCGACAAUGCCGGCUUCGAUGCGACCGACAUCCUGAACCGGUUGCGUGUGGAGCAUCGCAAGAACAACACAUGGGCCGGUGUCGACUUUGACCACGAGGGCGUCCGCGACAACAUGGCCGCCUUUGUGUGGGAACCCAGCCUGGUCAAGGUGAACGCGAUUCAGGCUGCGGUCGAGGCUGCUUGCUUGAUCUUGAGCGUGGAUGAGACGAUAAAGAACGAAGAAUCGGCACAGCCGCAAGCUCCCACUCGUGGACUGCCUCCCGGUGCGGCCCAGCAGGCUCUCCGUGGCCGAGGACGCGGCAUGCCUAGAAGGUAA